CCUCGAUGUUGAUAGGGAAUUCCUGGGAACUGUCAGAUGGCUGAAUUGUCACAAAUAACGUUAUUUUCCUGAAUUAUUUUAAUAUUACACUUGUUGCAUACUUGCAAACAUUAUAUAAAGCGCGAUUGCUUGCCACAUGGACACAUUUUUUGUAAAUGUUUGAGAUUUAAGUUAACCACCAUCCACGUCAACAGUUAAAUAAAAAGUGUACCAGUUAUUCGGAUAUUGAUAAUAUUCGAUGUAAUCACUAUCUAGAUUUGGUUAGUUGCUGGCCUAAAACUUUUAUGAAAGACGAAACCUCUCUGUCUUAACAGACUUUUUGGGCGACUCCAAUAGUGUCCAACGUUUAAAAAAGUUGAUCAUCUCCAAAAUGAUGAGGGUCAGGUUCAGGAAAAGUUUGCUAAUAAAACUUGGAAUUCUUACUUUGGUUUUGCUGUUUACUAUACCAUACUUCAUGAGUAAACUUGACGAUUCAAGCAAACAAGAUAGCUUGAAACGGAGAAGUUGGAAUAAGCUCGCCAGUGAUGUGAAAGAAAUGUUCCCAUUCAAUGAUGCCAAAAAGAAUGUGAUGCCCAACCCUCUUGAACGUCACGCAAAUGAUUCAAGUGCAACACAGAAAGUUUACGGUCCAAGAGCCGAGUUAAAGAAGGGUGUCUUGGGAAAUUAUGAGCCUGACUAUAAAAUAGCUCAUGGUCCAGGUGAGGGAGGCCAGCCUGUGUUUGCCAGCAUGGAGGAAAAAGCAGCAGCUGACCAAUCGGUUCGUGAGUUCGGUUUCAACAUGGUGGUCAGUGACAAAAUCUCCCUGGACAGGACAAUACCAGACACACGCAUGGAUGAGUGUAAGUACUGGAACUACCCAACGCUGAAAGAGCUGCCAACAGCGAGUGUGAUCCUGGUCUUCCACAAUGAGGGCUGGUCCACGCUGAUCAGGACGGUCCACAGUGUCGUCAAUAUGUCUCCUCCAGAACUUCUUAAGGAAGUUGUCAUGGUAGAUGAUUUUAGUGACAAAGCGCACUUAAAGGAGCCCAUGGAGAAAUACAUAGCAGAAUACAACAAGAAGCACAACAACGUGGUGAAGCUGUACCGCAACCCAGAGCGUAUGGGGCUGAUCCGAACCCGUACACGCGGGGCCGAACUCUCUACGGCAGAUGUCAUCAUAUUCCUGGAUGCCCAUUGUGAACCCAAUAGGAACUGGCUUGUGCCCCUCCUUGCAAGGAUUGCUUAUGAUAGGACAAUCAUGGCAGUGCCCAUAGUAGAUGGUAUCAACUGGGACAACUUUGCGUACGCGUCUGUAUAUGGCGCCGCCACAGCCCACCACAGAGGCAUAUUUGAGUGGGGCUUCCUUUACAAGGAAAGUCAGGUGCCACAGAAAGAGCUAUCCCGCAGACAACACAACAGUGAACCAUACAGGUCUCCGACCCAUGCUGGUGGGCUAUUUGCCAUGGACAGGAAGUAUUUCUUUGAGCUUGGUGCCUAUGACGAGGGGCUUCAGAUAUGGGGAGGCGAAAACUUUGAACUCUCUUUUAAGAUCUGGCAGUGUGGGGGGAGCGUUGAGUGGGUGCCAUGUUCCCAUGUCGGACAUGUAUACAGAAACCACAUGCCAUAUGGCUUCGGGAAAGUAGAUGUCAAGAUCCCAGUCAUACUGCUGAACUACAUGCGUGUGGUGGAAGUGUGGCUGGACGACGACUUUAAGGAGUAUUUCUACACGCGGGAGCCGAGCGUGCGGGGAUACCCCAUCGGGGAUCUCUCCAAGCAGCUCCAGUUCAAAAAGGACCACAAUUGCAAGAGUUUCCGCUGGUUUAUGGACAACAUAGCGUACGAGGUGUAUGACAAGUUCCCUAUACUGCCCCCAAAUAAGGCAUGGGGAGAGGUGAAGCAGAAGAAGGGAAUGCUUUGCUGGGAUACGCUCGGCCAGUCUGUUGGUGGUGGACCAAUCGGUGUCAGCCAUUGUCAUCACUACGGUGGUAACCAGAUGUUUCGGUUGAACACCAAGGGUCAGAUAGGGGUUGGUGAGCGGUGUAUUACAGCCCCGGGCGGAGACACCCUCCACAUGAGCUUCUGUGCCACAGAGCCCACAGGGCCUUGGGAGUGGGAUGAGACGUCUGGCCUGUUCCGUAAUAGAGACUAUCAGAAGUGUGUGGAGGCAGGCCACGACAACAAGUUGCACCUGGUCCGCUGUGAGCCGGACAAGUCCGCCCAGAUGUGGAUCAUCAAUGAGAUCAAGACCUGGGACAGAUGAUCCACUCAGGACGGGGGAUAAUCUUGUGUUGUGUACUUACGGCCCGCAGGAGAUUCUGCUUGGCUCUCUCUCUUUGUCUUACAUUAUGGGGAUAGGGCAACUAUGUUAGACUGUGAUUGAUUUUGGAAGGGUAUUUAAGGGAACUGGUUUUGGAAAAUAUACCUGUUAAUGUAGAUUAGAUGUGAUUACUAUACAAAACAUUGCCAAUCCUGUAUUGAUUUAAAGAGAUACAUGUAGCUACAGUGACAUUGAAUUUGUGUUUGAACAUGAACAGAUAGUUAAUACGGUGGUGGGUUAAUCUGAUGAACUAUUUUACAUAAACUGGAAUAUGAUAUUUUUAUCUUGUAGUUAUUGGUACUAUAUCAGUUAUUGGUGCCUUGCAAUGUUUGUCAUGUAUUUUAACUAUUGUUUAUCUAAGUAUAUUUAUUUUUACAUGUGUUUUAAAUCUGGACAAUUUUAUGCAUGGUGUUUGUUUAUAAAUAUUACUUCUAGGUAAAAAUCUACUUACAUUAUGUACAAACUUUCUGCUCAUUUGUACAAAUUAGCCCAGAUUGCUGUACCAAAGACUCUGUUCAUGAAAUGCUGUUAUUUGUGCUCAAUAACAUUAUACACUGUGACAAAAAUAUCUCUUAAUUUUGUAAAAAGGAAUCAAUAUUGAAAAAUUAUAUUUCUGUAUUGAAUUUUAUAUAUUUUCCAUAAAACAUAAACCAUGUAUUCUUAUUACCGGUACAUAGUAACAUUAAAACCAAGAAACUUUUUCCUUUAAGGAGUUCAGUGUAAAAGGGCAUUCCAAAUCUGUGUGUAACAGGUUAUCAGACCAAAGUCAUCAACAUAGUUAUCAUUUUUCUGCAAAUAUGCAUUAAUGGCCUAUUAAAAGACAGGCUAAUAUUUAUUAUGUAUUGUAAAAAUCAACCAAAAUGUACAUAACAUAUUUUAUCUGCUUGUUCUCUGAAAGCCAUACCGGAUGUUUCUGAACCUGUGCACAUUUACAUUAACUGAUGUUAUUUUUGUAUACUUUACAUUCAUAUUGUCCCUAUGUUUCCAUUUAAAUGACCAGAAAUGACUUGUGUGUAUAAUUGGUAAAACCAGGUGAAUUGUGGGCUUUAUAGGAUUCACGCUUGUCGUCCCAUCUGUCUGUCUGUCGUCCUGCUUUUGUGUUGUCAAUAUCUUUCUUAUUCAAGGUUGGAUUUUGAAAAUAUUUGGCAGAAGUGACCACCAUACCAUAAGGAUGUGUUGCGCACAUAACCCAUGUCCCUACCUGAAAGGUGAAGGUCACAGCAACCUUCUAAUCUUAGUAUGUUUUGCUUUAUAAGCCUGAUAAAAGUUGUUGUCUGAGCCAUAUCUGUCUCAUUCAUGCUUAAAUUUUAAAAUUGCCAUGAUCAACGUGACUGACAGUUCCACUAAGUGACCACCAUAGCAUGACGAUGUGUUGCACUUGAGACCUGUUUCCCUACCUUUAAGGUCAAGGUCAAAGCAACCUGAACUUUGUAUGUCUGGUUUAUAUCUUUGACACAUACUGUUAGGUUUAAAAAAUAUUUGGCAGAAGUGAUCACCAAAGCAUGAAGAUGUGCUGUGCACAAGAUGUGACCCUACCUUAAACUUCAAGGUCACAGCAACCUUCUAAACUUUGGUUGGUCUGUCUUGUCAGUUUUGUCCAGUCCAUCUCUCUCUCAUUGAUGGUCAGAUUUUGAAAAUAUUUUGCAGAAGUGACCACCAUACCAUGAGAAUGUGUCGCUCACAAGACCUGAGUCCGUUUCAAGGACAAGGUCACAGCAACCAUCCAAACUUAGUAUGUUUUGCUAUAUAAGCCUUACUGGUGAUGGUUUGUGUUACAAAACAGUAUCAAAAUUUUCCAAUCUUCCUCAUGUCAAUUCUGUGGUACAUUUACCUGAAAUGAAGCAUGCUCAACUUGAUUGCUUAGAUUGUUUUAUUCAGGCAAUAUUUCCGACACUUGGGCAUGCUGGGUUAUUAAUCACAUUCUGUGAUAGCUCUAAUUUAAAUUAAGUGAGGAAUAAGGAUAUUUUAUCAGUAUUUACAAAAAAGUUUCUGUUUCAUGUUCAACACAUUACCUGUUUACAUAAGUCUUUGGAAAUAUAUUCAUGGUUGGCGGACAGGAGAAUAUAUGUUUGUCCCAGACUAUUUAGACUGACAAUUGGCAAGCCUGUUGACUGGUUGCAGUCUUUAUAGACUUACCCUGGGCCAGCAUGUUGAUUGGUCCCAGACUAUGUAGACUUGCCCUGGAUCAGGAUGUUAAUUAUUCCAAACUAUACAGACUGACUCUGGACCAACAUGUUGAUUGGUCCCAGACUAUACAGACUGACUCUGGACCAAUAUGUUGAUUGGUCCCAGACUAUAUAGACUGACUCUGGACCAACAUGUUGAUUGGUCCCAGAUUAUAUAGACUGACUCUGGACCAACAUGUUGAUUGGUCCCAGAUUAUAUAGACUGACUCUGGACCAACAUGUUGAUUGGUCCCAGACUAUACAGACUGACUCUGGACCAACAUGUUGAUUGGUCCCAGACUAUACAGACUGACUCUGGACCAACAUGUUGAUUGGUCCCAGAUUAUAUAGACUGACUCUGGACCAACAUGUUGAUUGGUCCCAGAUUAUAUAGACUGACUCUGGACCAACAUGUUGAUUGGUCCCAGAUUAUAUAGACUGACUCUGGACCAACAUGUUGAUUGGUCCCAGAUUAUAUAGACUGACUCUGGACCAACAUGUUGAUUGGUCCCAGAUUAUAUAGACUGACUCUGGACCAACAUGUUGAUUGGUCCCAGAUUAUAUAGACUGACUCUGGACCAACAUGUUGAUUGGUCCCAGAUUAUACAGACUGACUCUGGACCAACAUGUUGAUUGGUCCCAGAUUAUAUAGACUGACUCUGGACCAACAUGUUGAUUGGUCCCAGAUUAUAUAGACUGACUCUGGACCAACAUGUUGAUUGGUCCCAGACUAUACAGACUGACUCUGGACCAAUAUGUUGACUGGUCCCAGAGUAUACAGACUGACAAUUGGCAAGCCUGUUGACUGGUCGCAGUCUUUAUAGACUGACACUGGACCAACAUGUUGAUUGGUCCCAGACUAUAUAGACUGACCCUGGACCAACAUGUUAAUUUGUCCCAGACUAUACAGACUGACCCUGAGCCAGCAUAUUGAUUGGUUUCAGACUAUAUUGAUUUCUCUUUAGCAUUUACUGUGAUUUUCAAUGUUUGUUUUAGAAAUGACAUGAUAUGACAUCUUUUAAAAGUUCUUGCAUGUUAUUAUAGCUACUUAAUUGUUCAUAACAAUGCUAGUCUUAAUUGAUUGCUUUAUAAUGUAUGUAUCACACUAUCUGUGCAAGAUCUUAUAGUGGUAAUAUGGAAGUAUGCCUUUUAUUCAUUGACAUGUUGAGAUUACAAAAUAUUUUGUAAAAGUAACUUACCUUUUUCUUUUCUUUCUCAAACUCAAAGAUCAUUUUUCAAUUUUCUCAACAAUUGAAUUGAUGGUUAAUUUGAAAGAAAUUACUUAUAACUUAAAGGCAAUGACCUGCAGUGCACAAUGUCCUUGUACACCUUCAGCAGGUUUCACCAAUCUAGAUACACUACAUGUAGUUUUAGACUUACAAUGUUCAAAUGAAGAAAACUUACCAAGGUUGUAUGCAAACUCUUACUAAAAUGAUCUGUCUUAGAAAGUGUGCAGUCCUGUCUGAAAGUAUCAUAUAUGACUAUGUACAAUGAUGUGUGAAUGCGUGGUGACCCCAUAUUGUUUUGGUAUCCUUUUUAAGGGUUUGAUGUGCAAAGGAGGAAUAUUUAAUUGAAAUAAAAAGGCAAAACAUAGUAUUACAAACAAGCUAUUUUUUUUUUGAAAUAUUGCAAAUAGUCCAUUUGAUGUCCAAUUUUAAGUAAAAAAAAACAACAGUACUAACUGCGCUAAUUUUAUGAUCAUUUUACGGUCAUUUAUUUUACAUAUUAGUAAUCAGCAAAGAAUACACAUUUAAUUGAUACUAAAACUAUGAGGGGUCCCCUGGCUUAAACUUAUAACAUUAAUUUUGAAUGGCUCAAACUUAUUUGUACAUUGGAUACCAUUAAACGACUCCCCAUUCUUAUUCAUGAAAGCCAGUGUGAAUAAAUCUGGAAUGUUUGAACCAUCGUUGCUAUGACAGUUGCAUUUGUACGGGUCACGCGCCAGUGUCUCCAUUGGCUGUGAGGACUUGCUGGCCAGUAUCAAGCAGUUCUCACGUGUACUUUUUAAACCAUAAUUAUGUCAUGUGAUAAUAGCUAUUUCUGUAUGUAUUUUAGAUGCAUUCCAUGUAAUGAUAUCAUGACGAUGCAAGAUGAUAAAUAAAUAUAAAUUGAA